AUGUGGGCUGUGAAGCAUCCGCCUGCAUCAGCCCUCGCCGCGGCGGCAGCCGCCGACGUUGUAAGGUCCAGGGCUGCGCCGCCGCAGCGGGCGAGGAUCUCCACGGCGAUCGCCGGCGCCGGGAAGUCGGUUUCCUCGCAGAAGCCGCUUCAUCUGCCGUCGCUCGAUGGGGUCGGCUUCUUCCGCGCGGCGGCGGAGGGCGCGAGGUGGCGGAGAGACGACGUCGCUGCGGGAGCCUUGGAGGCCGAUGGAGUCAGCCUGCCUUCCGAAGGGGGGGAUGCGGUAGCGAAAUCGGCGGCCGCGAAGAAGGUGAAGAUCGGGAUCUACUUCGCGACGUGGUGGGCGCUGAACGUGGUUUUCAACAUCUAUAACAAGAAGGUCCUCAAUGCCUACCCCUACCCGUGGCUGACCUCCACUCUCUCCCUCGCCACCGGCUCGCUGAUGAUGUUAAUCUCCUGGGCUACUCGGAUCGCCGAGGCACCCAAGGUGGAUGCCGACUUCUGGAAGGUCCUCUUCCCGGUAAGCACGAACUGCCUCUCCCCUGCCGAGAUUGAGAUUUUCUGUUCGUUACCGGAUCUCUCUCCGUGAUCCCCGGAGUUCUAAGUGAGUUCUUGUGUACAGGUGGCCGUAGCGCACACGAUCGGCCACGUGGCGGCGACGGUCAGCAUGUCGAAGGUGGCAGUGUCUUUCACCCAUAUCAUCAAGAGCGGGGAACCGGCGUUCAGCGUGCUGGUUUCGAGGUUCCUCCUUGGUGAAGCGUUUCCCCCUGGAGUUUACCUCUCCUUGCUCCCCAUCAUUGGGGGCUGUGCACUGGCUGCGCUGACGGAGCUGAACUUCAACAUGAUCGGUGAGUAGUUUUGCAGUUUGCUCCAAGAUGACUGUAGGCGUUCAACGUGCUGCCAUUUCAGUGGGUUCUUGGUAUUUGUUUCCUCUGAUCGCCCCCUUCUCUCUGUGGCUGUGGAACUUCCUGUCUCAUUUCAUUUGGGAUCUCCCUCUUUUGCUGAUAGCUCUGUUUUCUGCAAUAUGGUUUUAAAGAGCCUAGAUUCUUCAAUAAUUUUCCUUAGGGUUCUCCUGAUUUUCUCUUUUUUUAAAAUUCACGGAUCUCUUGAAGCUCCGGCUAUUUCUUUAAUGCAUGUGAUCUGAUUGAUCUGAUUUUCUUUCGCCGAUUCUUCCGGCAAGACAGAACGCUUUGCAGAAUGCCGUGACAAGGGCGAUUUCCUGCGUUCUCGUCUUUAAUCGCGAACGCACCAGAACUAACUACCCCAUUGAAUGCUCAACUAAUCGGCCCUGGUUUCCGCAGGUUUCAUGGGGGCGAUGAUCUCCAACCUAGCAUUCGUGUUCAGGAACAUCUUCUCAAAGAAGGGGAUGAAAGGGACCUCGGUCAGCGGGAUGAACUAUUAUGCCUGCCUGUCGAUGAUGUCGCUCGUCAUCCUCACACCUUUUGCGGUGGCCGUCGAGGGGCCGCAGCUGUGGGUCUCCGGCUGGGAGAAGGCCGUGGCCGAAAUCGGGCCCCAUUUUGUCUGGUAUGAUAGAUAUCAUCUAGAUCCAGUUUCUGCUUCCCAUAAGAUCCACUGAUUCAUAUCAUCUCGUAGAUUAUGUUAUCGAUCUGAUGAUGAUGCUAAUAUUGCCCAGGUGGGUUGCCGCUCAGAGCGUGUUCUACCACCUGUACAACCAGGUCUCCUACAUGUCGCUGGACGAGAUCUCUCCGUUGACCUUCAGCAUCGGCAACACGAUGAAGCGGAUAUCCGUCAUCGUCUCCUCCAUCAUCAUCUUCCACACGCCCGUCCAACCCGUCAACGCUCUCGGCGCCGCCAUCGCCAUUCUCGGCACCUUCAUCUACUCACAGGCAAGCCCAUCCCAUCUCCCUCCUCUAGACGCCCCCACGAGGCUCCAUCUCCCUGACUGGCUCCUCCCCCAUGGUUGUGCAGGCCAAGCAGUGA